GUGAAGUGAGCUGCGGACCCACGUGGGUCCUGCGCGUGUUUCUAGGUCCCUGGAACUUAGUCCUUUAAAGUCACUCUCGGCUUAGUCGACAUGGGUCGCUCCGGGAAGUUGCGUUCCGGUGUCUCGGCCAAGUUGAAGCGCUGGAAGAAAGGCCAUAGCAGCGAAAGCAACCCUGCCAUCUGCCGUCACCGCCAGGCCGCCCGCAGCCGCUUCUUCAGUCCGCCGUCAGGAAAGAGCAACCUGACAGUUGACGCAGUGAAGUUGCAUAAUGAGAUGCAGUCAGGGUCUCUGCGCCUGGGCAAAAGUGAAGCCCCUGAGACAGCCAUGGAAGAAGAAGAGGUGGCCCCGGCUCUCACAGAGAAGUCUUCAGGCACCUUCCUGAGUGGCCUCUCCGACUGCACAAAUGUCACCUUCAGCAAAGUGCAGCGCUUCUGGGAGUCUAACUCGGCUGCCCACAAGGAGAUCUGUGCUGUCCUGGCUGCUGUCACCGAGGUGAUUCGCUCCCAGGGCGGGAAGGAGACGGAGACGGAGUACUUUGCUGCCCUGAUGACAACCAUGGAAGCAGUGGAGUCCACGGAGUCUCUGGCUGCUGUCGCUUACCUGCUGAACCUGGUCCUGAAGCGCGUGCCCAGUCCUGUGCUCAUCAGAAAGUUCUCCGAUACCUCCAAAGCUUUCAUGGAUACCAUGUCAGCCCAGGCCAGCAGCGGCUCCACCUCUGCCCUCCGAUGGGUCCUCUCCUGCCUGGCCACUCUGCUGCGGAAGCAGGACCUGGAGGCCUGGGGCUACCCUGUCACCCUGCAGGUGUACCAAGGGCUGCUGAGCUUCACGGUACACAUCAAGCCCAAGGUCCGGAAGGCUGCCCAGCAUGGAGUGUGCUCCGUCCUCAAGGGCAGUGAGAUCAUGUUUGGCGAAAAGGCCCCUGCGCAUCAUCCUGCUGCCAUUCCUACCGCCAAGUUCUGCAUCCAGGAGAUUGAGAAGUCUGGAGGCUCCAAGGAGGCUACCACCCUGCUGCACAUGCUGACCCUGCUGAAGGACCUACUGCCCUGCUUCCCAGAAGGCCUGGUGAAGAGCUGCAGUGAGACGCUCCUCCGAGUCAUGACCUUGAACCACGUGCUGGUGUCAGCCUGUGCCAUGCAGGCCUUUCACAGCCUCUUCCACGCCAAGCCCAGCCCGGGUACCCUGCCGGCAGAGCUCAACGCCCAGAUCAUCAAGGCCUUGUACGACUACGUUCCCAGCGAGAAUGACUUACAACCUCUGCUAGCCUGGCUGAAGGUCAUGGAAAAAGCCCAUAUCAACCUGGUCAGGCUUCAUCAGAACCUGGGGCUGGGCCACCUCCCUCGUUUUUUUGGAACUGCAAUGACCUGCCUCCUCUCCCCACACUCGCAGGUGGUGACAGUGGCUGCCCAGUGCCUGCAGGAGAUCCUGAGAGAGUGUGUCGCCCCCCACAUGGCUGACAUCGGCUCCGUCACCUCCUCGGCCUCAGGCCCUGCCCAGUACAUCGCCAAGAUGUUUAGGGCGGUGGAGGAGGGCCUGACGUACAAAUUCCACGCGGCCUGGAGUUCCGUGCUGCAGCUGCUGUGUGUCUUCUUCGAGGCGUGUGGGAGGCAGGCCCAUCCCGUGAUGAGGAAGUGCCUCCAGUCCCUGUGUGACCUGCGUCUCUCCCCCCACUUCCCCCACACGGCCGCUCUAGACCAUGCGGUGGGCGCGGCAGUGGCCACCAUGGGCCCCCAGGUCGUGUUAGAGGCUGUGCCUUUGGAAAUCGAUGGCUCUGAAGAGACUCUGGAUUUUCCUCGGAGCUGGCUGCUGCCCGUCAUCCGAGACCACGUCCGGGAAACACGACUUGGUUUCUUCACCACCUACUUCCUGCCUCUGGCUACCACCCUGAAGAACAAAGCACUGGACCUGGCUCAGGCAGGCAGCACAGUGGAGUCCAAGAUCUAUGACACGCUCCAGUGGCAGAUCUGGACCCUCCUGCCCGGGUUCUGCACGAGGCCCACAGACGUAGCCACCUCCUUCAAAGGCCUGGCGCGGACACUGGGCACGGCCAUCAGCGAGCGCCCAGACCUGAGGGUCACUGUGUGCCAGGCCCUACGCACCCUCAUCACCAAGGGCUGCGAGGCGGAGGCUGACCGUGCUGAAGUGAGCCGCUUCGCAAAGAACUUUCUGCCGAUCCUGUUCAACCUGUAUGGGCAGCCUGUUGCAGCCGGGGACACCCCAGCCCCUCGCCGGGCCGUGCUGGAAACCAUCAAAACUUACCUCACUAUUACGGAGGCUCAGCUGGUGAAUGGCUUCCUGGAAAAAGCCAGUGAGAAGGUGCUGGACCCCGCCAGCUCUGACUUCACCAGAUUGUCCGUCCUGGACUUGGUCGUGGCCUUGGCUCCCCAUGCUGAUGAAGCCGCCAUCAGCAAGCUGUACUCCACGAUCCGGCCCUACCUAGAGAGCAAGUCCCAUGGGAUCCAGAAGAAGGCCUACCGCGUGCUGGAGGAGGUGUGCGCCAGCCCCCAGGGCCCUGGGGCCCACUUCGUGCAGAGCCACCUGGAGGAGCUGAAGGAGACACUGCUGGACUCGCUGCGGAGCACCUCCUCACCUGCCAAGAGGCCACGUUUGAAGUGCCUGAUACAUAUCGUGAAGAAGCUCUCAGCCGAGCACGAGGAGUUCAUCAGUGCCCUGGUCCCCGAGGUGAUCCUCUGCACCAAGGAGGUGUCGGUGGGUGCUCGGAAGAACGCUUUUGCACUGCUGGUGGAGAUGGGCCAUGCUUUCCUUCGGUUUGGCCCGAGCCAGGAAGAGGCCCUGCAGCGCUACCUCGUCCUGAUCUACCCCGGCCUCGUGGGCGCUGUGACCAUGGUCAGCUGCAGCAUCCUGGCCCUGACCCACCUCCUUUUCGAGUUUAAAGGUCUGAUGGGGACCAGCACGGUAGAGCAGCUGCUGGAGAACGUGUGCCUGCUUCUGGCCUCCCGCACUCGCGACGUGGUCAAAUCGGCGCUGGGCUUCAUCAAGGUGGCAGUGGUUGUCAUGGAUGUGGUACACCUGGCCAAGCACGUGCAGCUGGUGAUGGGGGCCAUCGGGAAGCUGUCCGACGACAUGCGGCGGCACUUCCGCAUGAAGCUUCGGAACCUGUUCACCAAGUUCAUCCGCAAGUUCGGGUUUGAGCUGGUGAAGAAGCUGCUGCCUGAAGAAUACCACAAGGUGCUGGUGAACAUCCGCAAAGCCGAGGCCCGGGCCAAGAAACACCGGGCCCUGAACCAGGCCGCCGUGGAAGAGGAGGAGGAGGAAGAGGAGCCUGUGCAGGGCAAAGGCGACAGCAUCGAGGAGAUUUUGGCCGACUCAGAGGAUGAGGAUGACCAGGAGGAGAGAGCUCGGAGCAAGGAGCAGAGGAGGCUGGCCCGCCAGAGGAGCCAGGCGUGGCUGAAGGAGGGUGGAGGGGACGAACCCCUCAACUUCCUGGACCCCAAGGUGGCCCAGCGAGUCCUAGCUACACAGCCUGGGCCUGGCCGGGGCCAGAAGAAGGACCACGGCUUCAAGGUGAGCGCCGAUGGCCGGCUGAUCAUCCGGGAGGAGGAGGACGACGACACUGCCAAGGCGGAGGAAGAGGAAGGUGCCAAAGGGGAGGAUGAAGAGAUGGCUGACCUGAUGGAGGACAUGGGCGUCAGGAGGAAAAAGCACCAGAAGCUCAAGCAGCAAGAGGCUGACGACGAGGAGCUGGAGAUGCCCCCCCAGUACCAAGCCGGAGGCUCAGGCAUCCAUCGCCCUGUGGCCAAGAAGACCACCCCCGGGGCCGAAUACAAGGCCAAGAAAGCAAAGGGUGACGUGAAGAAGAAAGGGCGGCUCGACCCUUAUGCGUACAUCCCCCUCAACAGAACCAAGCUCAACCGCAGGAAGAAAGUGAAGCUGCAAGGACAGUUCAAAGGCCUGGUGAGAGCUGCGCAGCGAGGCUCCCAGGUGGGACACAAGCUCCGCAGAAAGGAUCGGCGGCCCUGAGCCCCAGGGCCUCCUGGGCUGCUCUGAGGGCCAGCUGGAGGCCCCCCUUUCGGCCUCCAAGCCACCUUGACACCAGCGCCAGAAGCUCCGGUCAGCAGUAAAGCCUAUGCUCAGAAGGACUUUGGGAGCCAGGCUCAGCUCCCAGAGGUGCCGUGGACUUUGGAAGCUCCACAUGAGAGUCACCCUUUAGAGAUGUUCCUGGGGCCUUGGAGAUGGGAUUAGGGCCUCCAUGCUUCCUGAGUGCUGGUGAGGAGGCUCCGUUUCUACAGAAUGUUCGUGUGCAACAGCAUCGACCUUUCCUCCGGCUGCCUGUAGCACGUGUGGCGCUUUCAGCCUGGCUCUUGUCUGGCCGUGUGAGAUUUGCUGUGACCAGACAUAGAAUAAAGAUGCACCAGCUCGUGUUCCUAGAAA